GUCAUUUGUUCACAGCGUCGCUUCCUUCCUUCGCUGGCCCUCUGGUCAUGCGUGCGCUGCAGCGGCAGUGGCUCGGCCUCCAGGACAAACCCGUCACCAGUUAAUUUUGACAGUUUCACGCUAAAUGAGGCAGUUGUAAAGAAGGACAUGGAGGCGCUCGAGCGCUGGAAUGAACUCUCGCAGAUGAUAUAUAGCGCACGGGCGGAGAAAGCGAACGAAAAGGUGCUUUUGGCUGUGGAAAAGGGUUUGGGGAUGCUCGCCGAAAUGGGCGCGCUGAAUGCGCCGAUACAGUGCGAGACGCUCUUGUUGCUGGAGGCAACUCAGGCGCACUAUAACCUGCAUCAGUUUGAGGCCGCCUUAAAGAGUGCAGAAAAGGCAAAAAAUGUACUUUUAGAAACUCCCGCGGCUCUGAGGGACGCUGCGCUGUUGGCGGAGGUGAAUCAACUGGUGGCGUACGUCCUUCUUGAAAAUGAAAACAUCGAUGAGGCCAUGAAUACCUUCACAGAUAUAUUGCGGUGGAUUGAUGUGGAUGCAAAGUCGGCGACGCCGAUGCAAGCUGUGGCUGCCGUGAAUAUGCGUCGGUCAGUGGUCACAGGAAUCGGCCUUUGUUAUCAAAAACGGGCUGAAAAGGAAGUUGCCACAGGCGGGGAUGGAAAAGAGUUGUACGGUAAAGCGCUUGAUCUUCUUAUUGAGGCACUCAAUGUUCACAUCGAUGAGAACGACUACGACUCUGUGAAGAAAACUCUGUCUAGCGUGUUAAAGUGCUUUGAGGGCGUGAAUGACAUCUCCCAGGCGAUAUCGACAGGCGAGAAAUAUGUUAGUUGGUGCCGUCGGCACUCGGACGAGGCGGGGGCUGCUCAAGGCACCGUCUGGUUGGAGGAGCUGCAGAAGAAGUACACAAAAGAAGGCGACACAGCCCAGUGA